AUGGGGCGGUUAGUGCAGAUUGAGGUGGAAAACUUCAAGUCCUAUCGGGGUCAGCAAACUAUUGGCCCAUUUUAUAACUUCACGUCGGUCAUAGGACCUAAUGGUUCCGGCAAAUCCAAUCUGAUGGACGCAAUUAGUUUCGUGCUUGGCGUCAAGUCCACACAACUACGAUCCGCACAGCUGAGGGAGCUUAUAUAUCGGAGUGGGCGAGGAGCAGCAGAGAAGCAAGGGGGUAAUGGAGGUGGCGAGGAAGAGCCAAAGCGAGCCUACGUGUGCGCAGAAUAUGAAACUUCCGAUGGGGGCACUUUGCGCUUCAUGCGAAUUGUCACAUCAUCGGGAACCAGUGAAUACAAGAUCAAUGAUAAAAGUGUUCCUUUCGCAAAAUAUAGUGCGACCUUGGAGGAAGAAAACAUCCUCAUCAAAGCAAAGAACUUCCUGGUUUUUCAGGGAGAUGUUGAGGCUGUCGCAUCCCAGUCGCCGAAAGAUCUAACUCGAUUACUGGAACAAAUUAGCGGCUCCCUCGAACUUAAGGCUGAAUAUGAGAGGCUGAAAGCACUGCAGGAGAUGGCAACGGAAAAUUCGGCUGAUAGUUUUGUUAAAAAACGUGGUGUUACCGCCGAAAUGAAACAGUUCAAAGAGCAAAAGGAAGAGGCAGAACGGUUUGACAAGCUACAAAAGCAGCGGGCACAGCAACUCGCUACCUAUUUGGUAUGGAAGCUCUAUCACCUCAAUAAAAACAUUGAAGUCCUUGAGGCGGAGAUCGAUCAAGAAAGAGGAGCGUCACAACAUUCGGAGGAGCAAAUGAGAGACUUGGAAACUCAACUCAAGGAUGCCAAGCGUCAGCAAGCAAGGACAAACAAAGACCUUAUGCGAUUGGAGAAACAUAUCCACGAAAAGACGAAACAAAUGGAGGACAUGAAACCUGUACUGCUCCGCCUAGACGAAAAGAUUCGCCAUGGAAACAAAAAGCUCAGGACAGCAGACGAAAAUAUUUCCAAGGCCAGGGCAGAGCAUGAACGCGAGACCGUUAUUAUCCGUGAUCUGCAGAAAGAUUACGAACAGCUUACUAAGGCGUUAGCAAAGUAUGAAGAAAAUCUUCGCAAACGUAGAGCCGAGGAAGGGCGAUCUCUUGACGAGGCACAGUUAGCAGAAUAUAAUCAGAGUCCGGCGCCGAACCUUUGCGUUUCAGCAGGAACUCACCAAUCUGCAACGUCAAAAGAAAACUGUAGUAGAAGCAAAGUUGCGACUGGAGGAGAAUGUAAGCGGAGUACAGAAUCGUAA